CCAUAUCCUACCGGAUCUCGACAGCGUAGUUUUUAGUCUGGUAGGAGCACGCCCAAUCGGUUAUUGCCACCAAAGAGAAAUCCAAACAACAACAACAACAUCAUCAUCAUCAACAUCAACAUCAACGGCAAACUACCCACAGGACACGUGAAGCAGUGGAAAGACAACAAUGGCUGAUAUUGCUGGUAUUCUAACACAGAUUCGUGAGGAAGUGGACCCGACCUUGGCUCCCCUGUUCUUCACUUUCGAAGACUUCUACCAACGUAAGCUAUGGCACUACCUCACGCUUUGCCUAGACACGUUCUACCAGUCAAAGCUGUCAAUUGGGUUCCGCAUGAAGUUAUAUACCCAGUUCGUAUCUGAGUUCAAAUGGAAGCUGAACCAGAUGAAGAACGUGGAGUUCUUGUCACAGUCCCUCGUUGAAGUUGAGUUCCCAGAGGAGAAGCUGGAAUACCUCAAGACAUGCCACACAGAGCUAGAGGCACAAGAUAAGUUGGACAACGAACAGGCGUUGUUGUUCUUGGAGGUUGAAAUAGCAAGAUGUAAACUCCAUUUGAAACAGGAGAACGAUGCCCGUGACGAACUUGACAAAAUUGAUACAAAGAUAUCCGCCUUGGAUGACGUUGAGUUGAAGUUGAACCAAUCAUACUAUUCAACAAACUCGGAGUACUACAAGGUGAAAAGUGACUACAACAACUUCUAUUACCAGAGCUUGUUGUACUUGUCCACUGUAACAUUGGAUGACCUGAGCGUUGUGGAUCAACAAAGAUUGGCCUAUGAGUUGAGUAUUAGUGCAUUAUUGGCUGAUAAGAUCUACAACUUUGGUGAGCUCUUGAUACAUCCGAUCCUUUCCACAUUGAAGGGCUCAGAUUAUAACUGGCUUGUUGAUUUGUUGUACUCCCUUAACUCAGGUAAUAUUGAACAAUUUUCUGCAAACUUGGGCCAUUUGGAGAAAAACCCAUUGUUGAAGAACUCUGAAUCCUUCUUGAAGCAGAAGAUUUGCCUAAUGACGCUUGUUGAGCUCGUCUUUAGCAAAUCCAUUAGAAUCAUAUCCUUCAAAGAUGUUUCCAAGGCAACAAAGUUGAGUCUGGAUGAAGUCGAACACUUGGUGAUGAGAGCUCUCAGCUUGGGUCUCUUGAAGGGAUCCAUCGAUCAAAUCAGUCAAACAAUUUCCAUCAGUUGGGUCCAGCCUAGAAUCAUUAGCCAAGAACAGAUCGCUAACAUGAAGCAAAAAUUAGUCGAGUGGGAUGCAAACGUUUCCAAAUUGGGUCAUUUCAUGGAACAAAAUGGGAAAGAAGUUUGGAUCCAGUAGAUACUACUUUUUUUGUUUCUUCUCUAGAAGUUCAAAAUUGAAACGCUGUUCUGUGCGAUCACUAGUUAUCCAUCUGUAGAUUUUCUAUAUCCCGUAGGAGCUGUUCCUUGGAUCGACUUAACUUUUCAAUUGAGGCUUGGUGGCGUAUUUUGAGGCCUUCAACUUCUCUUGUGAUCUGUACAUUUGGUUGAAUUGCUGCAAGUACAGCCCUGAAGUCACCACUCAACUUGUCAUUUCUUGCUUUUAAUGCAUUAUGCUUUGACUUGAGCAAAUCAUAUUGGUUCCUUUGGUCGAUGAGCCUUUUCUCCAAGAACUUGUUCAUGUUGGUAAACUGUAACAACAACUGGUCCUUCGCAUUGGCCUCAUCAAGACUGGUUGUCAAAUCCGAUAUCUUUUGCUGUAACUCUAAGAAUUCUUGCUCAUUGUGUGCAGCAACUUGAUCAACAACGUUCUUCGUAGCCUCCAAUC